AAGACAAGUCAAAUUACACAUUAUUUGUUGCAUAAAUAUAUUUUAGUUCCAAUUAUUAAUUUUAAGUUUUUUUUGCAAAAAUAUCUCCUCAAGGUGAUGACCACCUAUGACAUGAAAACUUUGAUUUAAAUGUAUGUUCAUGUAGGUAAUAAGUUUUAUAAAAGGAAUAGUGAAAUUUUAAUUUUUAAAUUAGCGACUUUGAUUGCUCAUUCUUAUGUAGGUUAUUUUACAUGUAGCACAGUAGAGUAUCCUUGCAUUGAGGUACUAUGGUAGUACACUUUAUAGUAUCAGUGCAAUAUGAAAGCCAACUAGUCACUAUAACUUGGACUGACACCUCAACCAUAAAAUAAUGCAUGGUGACAGAAUCAGGUGAUGCUAAUAAAAUCUGAUUGGUCAGGUAGCUUAUUUGCUAAUGAAUAAUAAUAAGCUAAAUGCUCUAGUAUAUAAGGAGGCAAAAAUAGCAUUGAAUCACUUUUGAAUAUCUUGUGGAAAGACAAAAGAAUCUCAACAAAAAACUCUAUCAAGAAAAGGAAUCAUGAAAACUUUGCUCUCACUCUUCUGUCUGGUUACUUACCUGACCUGUGCUCUGAGUGCUAAUGUAAAUAUUGAAAGCUGUACAGGUGCUACUUUAGUUGGUGAGGGAGAAGACUCUGACACAAUUGUGGCUCAUAGGAGGCUUUGUGCUGGCAUUGAUAAAGCUAUAGCUAAUAUUGGUGACAAUGAAGACUUUGUGACCUGGCUGGGUGAAUAUACUCCAGAAAGAGCUGAUAAGGUCAAAGAUUCAUUCAAGGCUAUAAAAGACGCCUUGAAUCAAAAUCAAAUUGAAUAUCUUGGAAACUUUAAGGGUUGUACUAAUGGAGAAGCAGCUGAUCCAGUCAAAGGUCGGCCCAUGCUCGGUCUCUGUGAGCCUUAUUACGGAUUCCAGCUUGACUGCAGUGGGACUGUGGAGUCUAAGGAAUUCACACUGAUCACCUUUUGGGAUUACGCUUAUGGUGGGGGUCGAUAUGGAGGUCCGGGAAGUGGCGAAAAAGAUCCUGAAAUCUUCAAAAUGAUAGCAAGGGACCAUCCUAAUAUUGCUAUCAUAGAUUACUACAACAUCGGGUUCUUUUACUGCGCCUCUCAGAAAUAAGCCAAGAACUCAUAGAAAUAAGCCAAGAACUAUGAUAUAGCUUAUUUUGCUAUACUUAAUUGUACAUUUUUGCUUAUUAUCUUGGCUUAUGAUAAUAAUAAUAAUAA